AUGGGAAAUAUUGAUAACAUUGAAAUUGAGAGGCGGAGAGUGGAGGUGAAAGUUCCUCCGGCGAAGCCCUUUCUCCACUCCCUUAAAGAUUCUGUUCUGGAGACUCUUUUCCCGGACGACCCUUUCAAGCGAUUCAAAAAGGACCAAACGCUCUCCAAAACGCUCGUGAUUGCCUUGCAGUAUUUGGUGCCCAUACUCGAGUGGGCCCCACGCUAUAACAUCCGUUUCUUCAAGGCUGAUUUCAUAGCCGGGAUUACCAUCGCCAGCCUGGCAGUGCCUCAGGGCAUCAGCUACGCCGGCUUAGCCAGUUUGCCGCCAGUUAUUGGUCUCUAUUCGAGCUUUGUGCCACCGCUUAUAUAUGCAAUGUUGGGAAGCUCGAGAGAUUUGGCCGUGGGGACUGUGGCCGUGCCUUCGCUUUUAAUUUCGACAAUCAUUAGUAAAGAAGUCAACCCUAAUGAAAACACCGAGCUCUACGUGCAGUUGGUUUUCGCUGCAACUUUCUUUGCUGGGGUUUUCCAAGCUGGUUUAGGACUGUUAAGGCUUGGAUUUAUUGUGGAUUUUCUGUCACAUGCAACAAUAGUGGGAUUUAUGAGUGGAGCUGCCACAGUUGUGUGUUUGCAGCAACUGAAGGGCAUUCUUGGGCUUCUUCACUUUACUCAUGGAGCUGACCUUGUUUCAGUUAUGAAAUCAGUUUUCACCCAAAUACAUAUGUGGAGAUGGGAGAGUGGAGUACUGGGCUGCUGUUUUCUCUUGUUUCUCUUCAUCACAAGAUAUUUUAGCAGGAAAAAACCAGUGUUCUUCUGGAUAAAUGCUUUGGCACCUCUCACAUCAAUUGUACUCGGAAGCCUUCUGGUUUAUCUCACUCACGCCGAGAAACACGGUGUAGAAAUCAUUGGGCACUUGAAGAAAGGGCUAAACCCUUCAUCACUAUCUGAGCUGGAGGCUUCAUUUGGGUCAGCACAUCUCUUGAUGGCAAUUAAAACAGGGAUCAUCACAGGCAUCAUUGCCCUUGUCGAGGGAAUAGCAGUUGGGAGAAGCUUCGCAGUGUUCAAAAACUAUCACAUUGACGGGAACAAGGAAAUGAUAGCGUUUGGGAUGAUGAACAUAGCAGGCUCCUGCACAUCCUGCUACUUAACUACAGGCCCUUUCUCAAGGACGGCUGUAAAUUUCAAUGCGGGAUGUCAGACUGCCGUCUCUAACAUGGUGAUGGCAAUGGCUGUUAUGAUGACGUUACUAUUCCUGACGCCAUUAUUCUACUACACACCAAUUGUUGUGCUCUCUGCCAUUAUAAUGGCUGCCAUGAUAACUCUUGUUGACUAUCCAGCUGCCCUUCACUUAUGGGCAGUCGACAAGUUUGACUUUCUUGUCUGCGUCACGGCAUAUAUUGGGGUCGUCUUCAACAGUGUCGAAACCGGUCUAAUCAUCGCAGUGUCGAUAUCCCUGCUUCGCAUACUUCUGUUUGUGGCAAGGCCAAAAACCACCGUCAUGGGUAAUGUCUCUAAUUCCAUGACCUAUAGAAGCAUCGAACAAUACCCGGAUGCGAAUUUUAAUCCUGGAAUUUUGAUUCUUCACAUAAACGGCCCCAUCUACUUUGCCAACGCCAGUUAUUUGAGAGAGAGGAUCAUGAGAUUAGUAGAUGAAGAGGAGGACAAGCUAAAGAUUUCUGCAAAGAACAACUUGCAAUACAUCAUAUUAGACAUGAGCGCUGUAGGGAACAUUGAUACGAGUGGGAUCAGCAUGUUUGAAGAACUGAAGAAAAAUGCCGACAGAAGAUGUAUUAAGCUUGUGUUAUCCAACCCUGGAGGCGAAGUUAUGAAGAAGUUGGACAAAUCGAAGUUCAUCGACAAAAUUGGGCGCGAGUGGAUUUACAUAACUGUUGGAGAUGCAGUGGAGGCUUGCAACUUUAUGCUUCAAACAUACAAGCAGCCGAAAGCUAAGGCAGAAGAAACUGAGGCAGCAGAUGAUAAAGUCUGA